ACUGUACUGACUGUACUUAUUGUCUGCUCUCGGUACAUUUGAACACUCUCUUACAAGAUUGUUUCCUCUUUGCUCUCCAUUGUUUUAUCUCCAGGGAAGGUUAACUUUCCAUUCACCUUCACCUGGAUCGAGGUGCUUUAUUGUGCGGGCGAUAUACCUAGUUGUCGAUCAUGUCACAAUCCCUACUUCUACUCCCUCAACACCCCGCACCAGCUACAGCUGCUACACUCAGUGCGGCUUACCAUUCAUCAAUAUCCGCAGUUCUUUCAAGUCUCAAAGCUUCCUCAUCCAGUACCAAGCUUACAAUCGCGCUCGCAUCUUCAAAUUUCCAUGACCGACUGAAAGCCCCAAGAUCACAAAUUUACAAUGAGGCAGAGAAGUUACUGGGUGGUGUUUACAGCUUGAUUUGUUCUAUUUGCGCCAAGGAAGAGGUCAAUAUUACAUCCAAGUUACCUGGAGCUGUGGAUUUCCGCAUUAUUUUACUGGAUUACGAUUCCACUCGUUUUCUCAACCAGAAGAACUCUGGACGUGAUGUGAGUCUUGGGAUUUUAGCUGGUGGUCCCAUCGUUGAACUCCCUUUAUUUGCAAGUACGCGACGUCAUUGGAAUAAAAUAUUCUCAGUGGAAGGCGAGGGAGGACAGAAUUUGCUUGGAGACUUUCUACAAUUCGCAAAUAGAAUUAGUCCUCCUUUACAUGCAGAACUUCAAAUGGUCGGUGGCGGAGUGAGCAUGGUUCAAACUAUUUCCCGGUCCAUCCAACCAAAUUCUUCCACCUCUCAUACUGUGGUAGCAGUAGGUGGUACGUUUGAUCACCUUCAUGCGGGGCACAAGCUUUUGCUUACGGCCACUGCACUUUUACUACAACCAGUCGCCAGUUCUCAGGACCCUCCCCGGAGGUUGAUCGUCGGUAUUACAGGGGAUGAAUUGCUGAAGAACAAAAAGUAUUCCGAAUAUCUGCAAAGUUGGGAAGAACGACAAAAUGAUGUCGCUGAGUUUCUUACCUCGAUUCUGUCUUUCACACAAACUUUUGGCGAGGAAGCUAUUCAAACAGUUCCUGUGGAAAAUUCGAAUGGUCGGGCUAUACAUACGAAACUCAACGCUUGCUCGAUCACCAUUGAGUGUGUUGAAAUUCAAGAUCCUUAUGGGCCCACUAUCACUGAUGAAACGGUAACCGCACUCGUUGUAUCCGGAGAAACUAGGUCAGGUGGACAAGCAGUGAACGAUAAAAGAGUCGAAAAGGGUUGGAAGGCACUGGAAGUCUAUGAAGUCGAUGUGCUCGACGCGCAAGCUGGUCUCGAGACCACCUCAACAUCGGACGAAUUUGCUUCCAAGAUUAGCAGUACUGCAAUAAGGAAGCAGAUGGCCGAUCGCAAACCAACCUCUUCACUCUAAUCAAAACAUUACCCCGCGAGAUCUCGUUCUGCAUAGAUACCCAAUCUUGGCCGGAGCCUAUAUGAAGGAGGAGGAUGGAUAUAUUACCGCUAUUGUCCGAAAUAAGGUUGUAGAGUGAUGUCUUCCAUGCAGAACUCCGGCCCAGUAUUGAGCCAACUGCGCCGUAACAAUAUGCACGUCAUUUACAGAAAUUCAAAGUUUAUGCACAGGAAUCACCAUCCGACAGGGUUCGCCGUCUCAUCUAUACCCGUUACUUUGUCUGGAACGCAGCUUUCGCUCUUGACUCAACAUAUCAAUAGCGUCUGGGUAUCGAUGUCCGCCACUACCACCUUAUGGCACCAUUUUCACAAUCCAACCACGCCCAGAUUCCAUGCUAAUGAUGAAAUUUCCACAUAAGAAUUCGGAUGAAACGUCCAACGGACACAAUUUCCUAAAGGUGCGGAGAAUUAUAGAAUGAAUGUUGGUCCUUCAAACAUCCCUUUUCUCGUGUGGUGCAAUUGAGUUAAGUUAUGCGGGGACCUUGAAUUAAGCGCCCGUUAUCCAAUAACGUUUCUUGCGCAAAUGCACAGGUUCAAUUGGAUUCAAGCCCUUUCCAAUAAUUGUGGAAGGAUUCACCCACACUAAAAAGCGCAAAUUGGCGUCUUUCACUCGACCAGGUUUAUUUUAUCGAAUAAUCAUUAAUAUUCGGCCAAAAUGGUGGAGAGUUGCAUUCAGUUCCAUUCUUAUUUAUUACAAUUUAACAAGCCGUUCGUUCUCGCUCUCUGCUCUUUUUAUCCAUGUUUCGCCUUGAGACUAGGUCAUGGGCAUAAGCAGACAAGAGUAACCACCUUUUUAACCCUCUAACCAUCGGGUGAAACUUUGCUUUCUUCUUAUAGGUCCCUU